AAAAAGAAAAAGGUUUAUGAGCCUGUCAAUAAUAACACGGCCGAAGAGACAGUGGCAAAGCAUCGUAACGAAGAGGUGGAAGAAUCGAAAACAACAAGACAGCGAAAAUCGAGAAAACGUGGAGCUGAGAAAUCUGAAGCUAUAACAUUAAAAUCAGAAUCACAUGAACAUUCUAAUACACGUACCAAUCGUAAUACUACGUCGAAAUCAAAAGAAAAGACAUAUCGUACGUCAAAAUCAAAGCGACGAACUUCAUCCAAGGAGGCCGCUGUUUUUUCGACACCUCAUUCACCUGCGACACCGGCAUCAGAACUGAUAACCUUUUUAAAACCAGACACGGCAAUGCCUACUGGAUCAAGAAAGAGUCAGAGAUCGUCAUUAGCGUUCGGGAUGAAGGUGCCUCAUGUGUUGGGUCUGCGGAAGGAAUUCUCGUUGCCGGAUGACGAGUAUUCGGAUAUGAUGAAACGAAGGCUCGCUCGAUAUGAAGUUUCGAAUUCAAGAAAUAAGA